UCAACUAUGACACCAGAUACCAUUGUCAAAGCAGAGACACUUGUCUUCUAUACAUUGGAUAGAUUCUAGCACAUCAGAUCUUUUCGAGAUUCCUAGUUUGACUCUUAUAAUCCCAACGGACAGUCCAAGCCGAAGUAGAUUGUGACAUGUCAGCUUUUUGGGGUGGGACCUGACAUGGUUUAGGAAGGAUAUAAGUCAAAGUUUACAAUGUUCCGUAGAGAAGAAGACAAACAUAGUCACUUUCCAGGUUAAGGGUCUCAUGAAUAUCAGUACUUUGGUUGUCAGUUGAAGUCUACAAGUUUCAGGUAAAAGUAAUGUGACCUGUGUCUUCCAAAGCGUUACGUGGAUAGAGUAUACAUGUUCAUCAUGGCACGGAUUUUUAUAAUGGACAGGCCUGACGUCGUUGUUCGGACAAAAGGAUCUAGUUCCUCCAGCGUGGAGGUAAGAACUAGUGAGUUUACGUGAGGCCUGCUGGUGUUUCUUUCUCAGACACUGAUCACGUCAUCCUUCUCGCUUUGAUACGUAAGCAUUGACUUAUGCGACUUCAUAAACUUCUCAUUGAACAGUUCAGUGGUGCAGUUAGCUUGUGGUGCACAUUGCUAACGAGUUUUGACGAGUUUUAUUGGUGUUGGUUUGAUGAUCUUGUCUCAAGGCAGGAGAUCGAUGGUCGACUUCUUCAGUUCCAAGGAGAUCGGCUGCAGAACUUUAGUUUGGAUUGCAGCCUUCUUGACCAGAUCGAUCGAUCAGAACACUUGCCUCGAGGAGCUAAGUAGAUAUAGCACGCAGUAAACGCAACAUGCGAUCAGCGAGAAGUCUUUCUACAGCUUACGUAUUUUCACUGACGACUUGUGUGCGACUCAUACCAGCACAGUUUAACUUCUACAGCUUUUAGUUCCAAGCAAUUUCCAUCUGCCUCGGCUUCAGAAACGCACACGGAGACUUUGAAAGAGGAUGUGAAAGACUUGCUCCUACUUGUCUGUUGGCGCACAGGUACUACGAAGAAGUCAAGAAAAAAGGGACCACUUCUGUGAGCCCAAAUGAUGCUUUCGUCUUCAGAGAACAUUAAUCAGGAAUGGGUAUGACAGGAGGUGACAUUUCUGCUAAUAAUUACGGCUGUCCAGAAAAGGAAAUCUCAACGAUUUCUUCACUGACGGAAAAUAGGGUAUUACGCCCAGUUCGAGGAAUUAUGUCCCUUUCUCGGUAGAAGCUGCUACUGAGGGAUCGCCAAUGCCGCACCUCAAUUCCUCGAUGCUUAGAUCCACACCCGACUCCACUCCAUUCUCCAUGAUCGAGAUUUGAAACUUAAACAGGUGCACCUAUCUACAGUCUAAGCUUGCGGUUAAGUCCAUUAGAUAAUUCGGUGGAAAAAUUGUCUAGUAGAUCCACAAUUUCUUGCUCUAAGCAACACCUCGUAGCUGCAGUACAAGAGAACGUACCAUCAUCCGAUACCAUCUCACUUGCGGUAGUAUGCGUCUAGCAGGAAGCCUCGUGUAGACACUUGUAGUUUGACCACUUGCCUCAUGUUUGUUGAUGAUGGUUAUGCGGAUUCCUGGAAGUGGAAUGUAUAAAUACGGUGCAUCUUGUCUUUUCGUUCCUACUUAGUCUCUAAUGCUGAAUUAAUCUAUACAUUGCAU